AUGGACAAGCUUGACCCACUUCAUCCACAACACAAGGUGCAGGAAGGUGUCACACACUUUGCCCAUAUCCAGGCAUGGAUAAAUCUUGUAACAAUUGCCUUGUAUAUAGCAAUGAAAGGAGAUCAGAUGGAUAAGAUAUGUGAAGAUGGAUAUAAGGAUGGACUUCAUAAGUGGAUCCCAAAUCCAGUCAAGUUUGACAUCCCCAUGCUUCAAUUUCAGCAGCUUGUAGUUCCUGUCAGAUUCCACUGUCAAAAUGUUGUUGGUAAUGCUGCCUACUGGUACCUACCUUGUCCAGAGCAUGAAUGCAACAGCACCAAAGGCAAGCCUACCAUUGCAAGAUGGAUGUACUGGAGUGGGGCAUCAAGUGGACAUAGCAAUCCUGACCAGGCAAGUAUUUUAUCCAUAUGCAACAAUAUCAUCAACUUCUGCCAACAAGACUGGGUUGCCUUCCCAUUGGUGACACACAUCAUUGUGAUGCCAGUUCCUGUGGAAUGUCACACCAUCACUGUUGGGAAGAAAUGCAUGCUGAAGGUAUUUCUCUAUGAGCAUCAAGGGAAACCAAGCAGUCAUGACACAUACACUCCAUCCCACAACAUCUUGAAUCCUGCUCAAACUCAGUCAAUAGUGCUCUGGCUGCAAUUCUCCUGGAACCCUCUCCACAAAAGAUCUCAGAAUCCUCUCCAGUGUGACUUGGAGUCAGUGGCAUUCCUUCCACUGGAAAAUGGCUCUGCAGCCACAAGUGUGCUCGUUGGACAUGCCCCACAUAUGCUGCCCUUGUCUUUGCUGCCCAAAGUUCAUAAGCUGGGUAGUUCCUUUGUAGUGGAUACCCUUGUCCCCCCUUUUGGCUUGUCUGGGGAUGAUGCAAUGUGCUUGGUACUGGCUCCCUUCUGUCUGACCAUCAUGGCAACUAACAUUGCAUUAGCAGUCCUUGAUCUGGCAAUGUGGGAGUUGUGA